UGUUUCAAAACGAAAAGGCCGUAAUUAUUGACGGACAAACGUAUGUCGAUUUGUCCAGAAUUAACCGCUUGCUCUAUUUAGAAAUAUUUUCCAAAUAUUCAUAAAAUGACCGGAAAAUAUUUCCUUGUGAUUAUUGUUUCUCUAUUUUUCUCACAGUUUUUAGAAUGCGAAGCACAGCAGGGAGCUAUCGAAAAGUUGUUCACCUUGAGUGUGAAGGCAGUAAAUCUGACAAAUACAAAGUUCCACUCAGGAUUCAAUUCAAUCGUGGAUGGCAUGUUCAAACCUUUGGAAGUAAUAGGCACCACGGCUGAGGAUGGCGUUGUGGCCGGCACCAAAUAUUUCGGGAAAAUGGUUAAUUUCGUAGGCAAACAAGUCAAGACUGUGGCCAAGAAAUUGCAAACUGGAGAGGAAAAAUUCGUGGGAUGCGUAAAGAGCGAGCAGUUCGAUCCUGUGAAGAAGAUUUUUCUGGACGUCUCCUCAUGCGUCACUGGAAAAUCUGAUACUGUUAGUAAAAUUGUACAAAAUAGUUUGGUUCAAGUGAAUUCGACUUAUGGAAUUGUCAAAUCGCUCACAGCUCUACCCCAAUGUCAGGGAGCCAAAUGUUUUGCUGACUACACAUCAGGCAUUAUGGGGAAAUUUGGAAGUAUUGCACUAGGUUUAGGGUCAAUUGGAAAAGAUUUGACUACAGGAGUCGUCUCGAUACCAAUUACACUACCAACUUGUCUGAUAUCAAAACCAGCUAUGAGUCCUGUGAAAAUAUUUGGACUACUUGGGGUGAAUAUCAUGAAAUGUUUUCAAUCCGGUUGAAUAAAUAGAAUAAAUACCAAAA